AUGAGGCAUGAUAGCAGUGAAGAUCAGUCAGAGUGGAAUGGAAACCAGUCAGAAGAGAGACAGCCACAAAUAGAAGGAAAUCAAGUUUCCUUCAGGAGAGUUCAUGGCCAUUCCCAAUCUCGUGGCCGCCAUAUUAUCAGAUCUCAUGGCCCCUACUCCAGAAGAUCUCAUAGCCACUUUAGGAGAGCUCCUGUCUACUCAGAUAGAUCUCAUCAUGACCAUUCAGGUAGACCACAUCAUGACCACCCAGAUAGACCACAUCAUGACCACCCAGAUAGACCACAUCAUGACCAUACAGAUAGACCACACCAUGACUACUCAGGCAGACCACAUCAUGACUAUUCAGGUAGAUCACAUCAUGAUCACCCAGACAGACUGCAUCAUGAUCACCCAGACAGACCUCAUCAUGAUCACCCAGACAGACCUCAUCAUAAUCACCCAGACAGACCUCAUCAUGAUCACCCAGACAGACCACAUCAUGACCACCCAGGUAGACCACAUCAUGACCACCCAGGUAGACCACAUCAUGACCACCCAGGUAGACCACAUCAUGACCACCCAGGUAGACCACAUCAUGACCACCCAGGUAGACCACAUCAUGACCAUUCAGAGUGGGAAAACUUCCCUUUUGGCCUGAUGGUGAUAGAAGAAGGUGACAGCAGCUCUGAAGAAAGUGAUGAAAGUUCUGACAGUUUAUGGAGACCUGAAGUUGAUGCGGAAUUCCAGAAUGGUAGAUACACUACAAUCAAGACUAUUACACGUUUUCCAAAAGGAGUAAGACUGAACUUCAAUGUUGCAGCACGGACAAAUCGGGUACUUAUGAUGGACAUGGACAAUUGUUUACUCCCCAGAUGUUAA